UACUGGCGCGAGACACUCCACAGACUAAACUGCUCUACGUUCCUAAAUACGAUCUUUGUAAUGAAAUAUCUUUACAAUGAGAGUAUUUGACAGUUCCUGCUGCAUGUGGGUAUUGCAUACGAGACACUUGUAUUCGCAAGGCUUGUCGAUAUGAAACCCUUAUUGCUCCACGGACAUGAUCGUCCCAUCACACAAAUUAAGUAUAACAGGGAAGGGGAUCUACUGUUCUCAGCAUCUAAGGGCCAAGAACCGAACGUCUGGUAUUCUGUGAAUGGAGAACGGCUCGGCACUUUCAAUGGUCACUCGGGAGCUGUAUGGACGAUAGAUGUCAACUGGGAUACCACACGUUUUAUGUCGGGGGCAGCUGACAAUACAGUUAAACUAUGGGACUGUGAAACAGGUGUUAAUAUUGGAACAGUCCCUGCCAAUUCCUCUGUUCGGACCUGUGCCUUUAGUUACAGUGCUACAAUGGCAGUGUACUCAACAGAUAAACACUAUGGAUUUAACUGUGAAAUACAUGUUAUAGAUGUGAGAAAUGCUGACAAUUCAAUUGGCCAGCAGGAACCCAUAUUGAAGUUACCUGUUACUGGACCAAGAGUUACGUCAGCAGUUUGGGGAAUACUAGAUGAGACUGUAAUAACAGGGCAUGAAGAUGGAGUUCUUCGCUUGUGGGACUUGAGAUCCUGCAAAGAAAGGGCCUCUGUCUCUGACCACACUAGGUCAAUUAAUGAUAUGCAGUUGAGCAAGGAUGGAACAAUGUUUAUAACUGCAUCAAAGGACCACACUUCAAAAUUAUUUGAUACAGAUACACUGAUGUGUCUGAAGUGCUACAAAACAGAUAGACCUUGCAAUAGUGCUGCAAUUUCACCUAUAAAGCACCAUGUUGUGCUUGGUGGUGGUCAGGAAGCAAUGGAUGUAACAACCACAUCAACAAGAUCUGGAAAAUUUGAAUCUAGAUUCUUCCAUCUUAUAUUUGAAGAGGAAUUUGCACGCGUGAAAGGUCAUUUCGGUCCUAUCAAUAGCGUUGCAUUUCACCCUGAUGGGAGAAGUUUCAGUACAGGCGGAGAGGAUGGUUAUGUCCGCAUUCAAAGCUUUGAUCAAUCAUAUUUUGAUUUUACUUUUGAUUGUUGAAUCUUAUAUUAAGGUGUAUCAUAUACUAAAUAAAUUUUGUCAAGUAAAUAA